AUGGUUGCCAGCGCCGUGCCGCGCCAGCGGAAGAAGUUCGUGAAGGGGACGAACAUCAUCGUUCAGAAGAGCGCCACGGACGACGUGCAGGACGCCCACCUCAGCAUGACGUACGCCAUCGCCGCGGACGACAAGAGCGAGGCGGCGUGGUGGCAAAACACACUUCGGCCGGAGCGCAACCUCACCCACCCCUCCGAGGCGUUUUUGCAGGGAAUCAAGGCGCUGCGCCCCUCGGCGCGCUUCAACACCUUUGACGCGCAAAAGGCGCGCCUCCGCCGGUUAGUCAAGCAGGAGAAGGACAAACGCGCGUGGCUCCAGCGCCGCACGAGGGAGGUGGCGCCAACCGCGGCGAUGAAGGCCUCCGUUAACCCACACAAAGUUCCUCGCACCGGCGGCCAUGCACCGGCGGAGGAAGUUCGGCUCCUUUCACGAGGUCGCAAACCCGCGAAGAAGCGCACCACCAACGAGCCGGAAAAGAAGGAAUACUUCCACAAGUGGAAAAAGCGAAAGCUGCAGAAGAUUGGAAGAAGCCUGUAG